AUGGCUACGUGCCGCCUGCAGGGCAUGGGAGGCAGCGGUUCGUGCCAGCUGGCCAGAACGCGCGUUGCACUUGCCAGUGCUGCCCUGGCCUUCUGUCUGCCCGCCCAAUGGGAGGCAGGUGCCUCUGCUGCUGUGGCAUGCCUCACGGCUGCGACUGGCCGGCGCCUCGGCGCGUCAGCUCGGCUCGGCGUAGCGAUAGUGGCCAGCGCAACUCGCCUGGACUCAACGCUCAGCCAGGAGCUCCCGCACGCGCUGGCGCGAGUCAUGGCGCAUGCAACGCGCAGCAAUGCUCGCCUCGCCUCGCGCAAAUGCGACCGUCCUCGCAGCCGACAGUCCACCGCCUGCUAA